AUGACGAUAAUUUUGGAUCCUGAUAGAGUUUGGAUAGACGGCUGCUUUGACUUCACACAUCAUGGGCAUGCGGGAGCUAUCUUGCAAGCUCGUCAAACGGUUUCAAAAGAAAAUGGUAAACUUUUCUGUGGUGUGCAUACCGAUCACGAUAUUCAACAUAAUAAGGGUUCGCCUGUCAUGAAUUCACAAGAAAGAUAUGAACAUACCAGAGCAAAUAGGUGGUGUUCAAAAGUGGUUGAAGCUGCGCCGUAUGUGACAGAUCCCGAUUGGAUGGAUAGGUACCAAUGCCAAUACGUUGUUCAUGGUGACGACAUCACCCUGGAUGCUAACGGAGAAGAUUGUUAUAAAGUGGUCAAAGAAAUGGGACGGUUUAAAGUUGUCAAAAGAACAUACGGAGUAAGUACUACCGAGAUCAUACAUAGAAUAUUAACAAAUAAUACGUUGGCGCCUACUCAUCCUGAUUAUUAUGCUAACACUCAAGAGCUAGGUUUUUAUUCAGUUGCCGAAGAUGCGGUUUCAAAACAUUGUUAUGUUUUUCAAAAAGAUUUGAGUAACGUCCUGGUAAGUGGUGGAUACGAUUUCAACGUAGAAGAUUGCGUUUAUGUUGAUGGAGAUUUCGACUUAUUUCACAUGGGAGAUAUUGACCAGUUAAGGAAGUUGAAAAUGGAUCUCCACCCAGACAAAAAGCUGAUUGUCGGCAUCACCACAAAUGAUUACUCAAGCACAAUCAUGACGAUGAAAGAGCGUUCUUUAAGCGUUCUAAGUUGUAGAUAUGUCGAUGCAGUUAUUAUUAAUGCUGAUGCUGACGCAUUAGCUCAGUGUAAUUGGAAAAAAUAUCGUAUAGGCACGGCUGUCCUCACGGAAGGCGGAAAGUUUAGCGAAUACUUGACUAAAGACGUCAUCGUCAAAAGAAUAGAAUCUCGAAGGGAUGUCUAUGUUGCGAGAAACCAAAAGAAAGGUAUGUCCAUUUAA